UGCACGUGGAGCGCGGCACCCGCACCCAGGGAACCCCCCCCAUCCCCCGGCGGCUUGGACCCGCUCCCAGGACCAUGGGGCGCAAGCUGGACCCCACGAAGAAGGAGAAGCGCGGCCCGGGCCGGAAGGCCAGGAAGCAGAAGGGCGCCGAGACCGAGCUGGCCAGGUUCCUGCCCGCAGAUGGUGAUGAAAAUGCCAAGCGGCUGUCCAGCCGCGCCCGGAAGCGGGCGGCCAAGAGGAGGUUGGGGUCAGCUGAAGCCCCUGCAACAAAUAAGCCCCUUGGGGCCAAACCGAUGCUUGGAAAGCUCUCGAAAGGAGCUGUCCAGCAGCCCAGUCCGAAGGGAGCCCAGGCUUUGUUCCCUGCUGCUCGGGCCAAGAAGCGCCCAGCACCAGCUCACAGCAGCGAGGAUGAGGAGGAGGAGGAAGAAGAGGAGGAAGAGGAAGAGGAGGGUGUGGUGACCCAGGGGGACCUGUGGGGCUCUGACGACAGUGAUGCUGAUAUGAUCGAUGACUACGGCCUCGACUCGGAGUCAGAGGAUGAAGAUGAUGAAGAGCUGCUGCCCAUUGAAAAGGCUGCUCGGAAGCAGAAGUCCCAGGAGGCUGCUGCCGGUGACUGGACUGAGGAGUCCUCUGACGAAGAGGAGGAGCCGUCCCCUGAGACGAGGCCCCCGAAGGAUGCCGGGGACUCUGCCGGGGACCUCCAGAUCAACGUGGAGGAGGAUGCGUUUGUGCUGCCCCCUGCUGGAGAGGCAGUGCAGGAUACCCAGGCGCCCGACCUGCAGCGGGUUCACCAGCGCAUCCAGGACAUCGUGGGGGUGCUGCGGGAUUUUUCCAGCCAGCGCGAGGAGGGGCGGUCUCGGGCCGAGUACCUGAGCCGCCUGCAGAAGGACCUGGCCAUCUACUACUCGUACGGCGACUUCCUGCUCGGCAAGCUCAUGGACCUCUUCCCCCUGUCCGAGCUGGUGGAGUUCUUAGAAGCCAACGAGGUUCCGCGACCCAUCACGCUCAGGACCAACACUCUGAAGACCCGGCGCCGAGACCUGGCCCAGGCACUCAUCAACCGCGGCGUUAACCUGGAUCCCUUGGGCAAGUGGUCCAAGACGGGCCUGGUGGUCUACGACUCCUCCGUGCCCAUCGGCGCGACCCCCGAGUACCUGGCCGGCCACUACAUGCUGCAGGGGGCCUCCAGCAUGCUGCCCGUCAUGGCCCUGGCGCCCCAGGAACACGAGCGCAUCCUCGACAUGUGCUGUGCCCCCGGGGGCAAGACCAGCUACAUUGCCCAGCUGAUGAAGAACACGGGCGUGAUCCUCGCCAACGACGCCAACGCGGAGCGCCUGAAGAGUGUGGUGGGCAACCUGCACCGCCUGGGGGUCACCAAUGCCAUCGUCAGCCAGUACGACGGGCGCCAGUUCCCCAAGGUGGCUGGGGGCUUCGACCGUGUCCUGCUGGACGCCCCCUGCAGUGGCACCGGUGUCAUCUCCAAGGACCCGGCGGUGAAGACCAACAAGGAUGAGAAGGACGUGCUGCGGUGUGCCCACCUGCAGAAGGAGCUGCUCCUGAGCGCCAUCGACUCGGUCAGCGCCACCUCCAAGACGGGCGGCUACGUGGUCUACUGCACCUGCUCCAUCAUGGUGGAGGAGAACGAGUGGGUGGUGGACUACGCCCUGAAGAAGCGGAACGUGCGCCUGGUGCCCACGGGGCUGGACUUCGGCCAGGAGGGCUUCACCCGCUUCCGGGAGCGGCGCUUCCACCCGACGCUGCGCUCCACCCGCCGUUUCUACCCGCACACCCACAACAUGGACGGGUUCUUCAUCGCCAAGUUCAAGAAGUUCGCCAACUCGCUGCCCCAGCCCCAGAAGGGAGAUUCCGCCACGGCCACCCCGGAGUCGUCUGCUGUGAACGGUCAGGUGACCCCCACGCCCGAGAGCCACGGCCAGCCUGCCAAGAAGGCUCGAGGGGCCCAGAAGGGAAAGCAGCAGGUGCGGGCAGGCCAGCGUCCCCAGAAGGCCAGCUUCCAGAAGCAGAGCGGCGCGUCCCAGGGGACAGGCUCCAGCUUGGCGGCCGAAGCGCCCGACUCAAACGGCCAGCUGCCCGGCCAGCCGCAGGUGCCCAAGAAAGGCAAGCGGCAGCGCCCCAAACCGCGGGCCUCCCCGAAGCCGGCGGCCUCGCCCCAGGGCCCGCACCAAGGCGAGCUAGCCCCGCUCCCCCUCGCCGAGGAGACCCAGGCCCCUCGCAAACCAGACCAGGAUGGGCCUGCUGGAAAGAUCCAGGGGAAGAAAGCGGCAAAGCAACGGUGGCCCAAGAAGGCCAAGAAAACCGCCUUCCAGAAACAGAACGGCACCCCCAAGGCAGCAAAGACUCCACACACAUCCCCCCAUGCUUUCAAACGGCCCCCCGCAAAGAGAAGGAAAACCUCCGUCCCCGGGCAGUAGGCAGCCCCAGCGGCCCUGGCCGGAUGUGGAACUCUACUCCC